AUGACAUCUUAUAUAGAUCAUCUAUUCAGUAGUUCAGUUCAACAAGCAGUUGCUUUAACCGUUCAGCAACAGAAACCAUUGUUUGUAUACUUGACAAAACCUGAUCAGGAACAAGAAGAUGGAAAUGCAUUUUUAUCUAAAUUUAUCGAUGAAGAAGUUACUCAAGUACUACAAAGGAAUUUUAUUUUAUUAAAGUUGGUUGAAAACACUCCUGAUUUUGGUUAUUUCACCCAAUUGUUCAAAGUUGGGCAACUUCCAAGUUUUUAUAUUGUGAAUCUGGGGAAAAUUGAAGGCAUUGUAUCCACUGAAUCCGAUAAGGAUGAUUUUUUAGUGUUGAUUCAUACAUUUGGCAAUACUAACGUCGCUGCAGCAGAUUCACGGCCACCACCAAAUAACGAGAUUAACACUCCACUGCAAAGUAAUACACCCACUGCAAGGAACACCCAACCACAAGUUGUUCCUACACCUCCAUCCGUAAAUAAUCCAGAAAUUAGUAGACGCACAUCAUUAUCCGAACAUGAUGAAUCAGCAAGAAAGUAUAAAGAGCAAGUAGAAAAGAUGAGACGUGAAAAAUUAGAAGAAAAGAAGAGAUUAAGAGCAUUGCUAGAAGCAGACAGAAGAGAAAGAGCACUGAGAAUGAAAGAAGAAGUGUUAGCUACCGGAUCCAGUCAUCCAAAUGCCGAGUUUAAGGAAUCAAGUCCAGCAACUACGAAAUCCUCCUUCUCGUCUACUCUGUCCUGUUUCUUGUCAAUCAAGUUGUUUGAUGGAAGCACUAUGAAACACGAGUUUAAAGCUGAAGAUACUUUGAGUGAUGUCCGAAAAUGGCUAGAUUCAGAGGUUGAAAUUAUUAGGCCAGCAAGUAGUAUGCCAUCAUUUGCAACUUCUGCAUAUUUACAUCCAACUGGAUAUGUUUUCCAUCGUCCGGUAUUACCCCGAGUAACUUAUCUGGAGGAACAAGAAUCGGUUAGUUUGAAAGACUUGGAGUUAACACCUAGAUCUGCCUUGAUUUUGAAACCAAUAUAUGACGAAGCAGAUGCAAAUACUCCAAAUGCAAGUGGUGAAAGAACUGGUUUCUUUAGAAGUAUUGUUUCUGGUGUUGGAAAAGUGGGAAGUGCUCUUUACUCGUUUUUUGAUUAUGGUGUAGAUGCGCCUUACCUCCAAGAGCAACAAGAACAACAAGAACAACAAGAACAACAAGAACAACAUCAACAACAGCAGCUGACUCAAGACCAUAAUAGACUUGAUAAUUUAAGUCGUGAUGGAAGUAAUGAUAUUGAUGAUAGACAUGGUCCUCUUUCGGAGUCUCAGCAAUUUGAUUUAGGUAGCACUGGUGCUAUUGUUGCUCCUGGUGCUUUAACUUUCGAUAAUAGAUCGGCUUCUUCUUUAUUGAUUAAUAUUGACUCCAAUAUGGAAGAUGAUGUCAUUUCAAACUUAUCGAGACCCCUCACUCCAUCCCAUGGAUCUAUUGAUGGCCAUCAUGCACAGCGUUCCUUGGUUUCAGAAUUAGGAAGUCGUUCAGCCACUCCAAGAUUACAAUCUUCUAGAAGAAUCCAAACAAUUCAUGAUGAAACUAUCGAAUCUACUAGUCCUACUAAAGACAAAAAGCAUAUAGAUACCUAUAACGGUAACAGUCUUAGUUUGAACGAAGGAGAUGAUGAGAAUAAGAAAAGCGAUGAAUUAUAG